UCCAAGCAGUCAAGUUCCAUUACGUCAUGGUCCCCCCCUGCCAAAUCCAUGUGGGUCCAGUUACAGUGCUCAUCUCAACUGCAAUAACAACAAUGGCAUGGUAGUACCCAAAGGGUACCUCAGUGGCCACUGUCUAUCCAACAUUGCCCCUCCAAUCAAAUCAGAAGCCUCCUACACAUCUGGCACUUUACCCGACUCUCCCCCAGACUCCGGAUCAGAAGCAUACUCCCCCCAGCAGGUGAAUGAUCCUCACCUUCUUCGAACUAUGACUCCUGAGAAUAUGUGUCAAGUUACUCCCCCCUCACGCCUUCCAGUGCACCCUGCCAAGAAGAGGAAACACUCAGAGUCACCAUCAAACACUCUCAAUGCCCAGAUGUUCAAUGGAAUGAUAAAACAGGAGCCAGGUACAGGAUCUGUGCCACUCAACUCUGACAGAGUCCCAACACCUCCCUGGCAUCAGCAGGGGGCUCUCUCCCCAGGACUGAUUCAGGAUAAUGACAGUUUGAAUAGCUCAUCCUACUUGGAUCCGAACUACCAGUCUAUAAAAUGGCAGCCACAUCAGCAGAACAAGUGGUCGACUCUGUAUGAUGCUAACUACAAAGAGCUACCUAUGCCCACAUACCGAGUGGAUGCAGAUAAAGGCUUCAAUUUCUCUGUGGGGGAUGAUGCUUUCGUGUGCCAGAAAAAGAACCACUUCCAAGUCACUGUGUACAUUGGUAUGAUUGGAGAUCCCAAAUAUGUCAAGACUCCUGAGGGUUUGAAGCCACUUGAAUGCUUCUAUCUGAAACUGCAUGGGGUGAAGCUGGAAGCACUAAACCAGUCAAUCAACAUAGAACAGUCCCAGUCGGACCGCAGCAAAAGGCCCUUUAAUCCUGUCAUGGUCAAUUUGCCUCCAGAGCAAGUCACAAAGGUCACAGUGGGGCGAUUGCACUUCAGCGAGACCACAGCCAAUAACAUGAGGAAGAAGGGGAAACCUAAUCCUGAUCAAAGAUACUUCAUGUUGGUUGUGGCUUUGCAAGCUCACUCUCAAAAUCAGAACUACACUCUGGCUGCUCAUAUCUCAGAGCGCAUCAUUGUUAGACAAAGGGCCGGUUCGGGGGUAAAACACAAACAGAGGGCAGACGGGGACCCCGGAGUCUGCAGACAAGCUUCUAACCCAGGUCAAUUUGAGAGUGACAGUGAUGUCCUUUGGCAGCGCUCUCAGCUCCCUGACACUGUCUUUCACCAUGGCCGAGUUGGCAUCAACACGGACAGACCUGAUGAAGCCUUGGUUGUCCAUGGCAAUGUAAAAGUUAUGGGAUCCCUUAUGCAUCCAUCAGACAUCCGAGUAAAAGAUGAUAUCCAAGAGGUAGACACCACAGAACAACUGAAGAGGAUCUCCCGUAUGCGGCUGGUGCACUAUCAGUACAAGCCAGAAUUUGCUGCCACUGUUGGCUUGGAGAAUACAUCUGAGACAGGCGUUAUUGCUCAAGAAGUGAAGGAAAUUCUUCCAGAAGCAGUGAAAGAUUCCGGGGAAAUGGUCUUUACCAGUGGGAAAACUAUUGAGAACUUCCUUGUGGUAAAUAAGGAGCGUAUUUUUAUGGAAAAUGUUGGGGCUGUGAAGGAGCUCUGCAAACUGACUGACAACCUGGAGAACCGGAUUGAUGAACUAGAGAGGUGGAGUCAUAAACUGGCCAAGCUCAAAAGGCUGGACAGUAUGAAGUCAACUGUAAGCUCUGGAGCAUUCAGCCAAGCUGGGAGUCAGUUCAGCCGUGCGGAGAGCAUGCCACAUAAAAAGAGGUCCCCCAAGGUGGCAGGCAAGACUCCUACACAGGGAAUCACAGACCAAGCUUGCAUCAGCCAACGUUUUCUGCAAGGUACCAUUAUUGCUUUGGUGGUCAUCAUGGCAUUCAGUGUGGUGUCCAUGUCUACACUCUAUGUGCUAAGCUACCGCAAUGAGGAAGACCUUGUGGAUAUUGAAGGCUCUUUUGCUGUGCCUACUACUUGCCUUCUGGCUCUUUUUCAGCACAGAGGUCCUGGCGUCCCAGUUGCUCUCUGUCCAUGGUCCAAUCAGAACAUAGAUAAAAAUCAGAUGACAUUUUCCACUGCUGCAUCAUUAAGUACCCCUGAUGAUGCUUCCCUUUCAGAGCAUGCUACAACCCAUGUACCUGACUUUUCCCCUGCCUUGCCUGCCUAUAACAUCGUAGUCUGUUUCAACCCACCUUGUUUUUCUACCUGCUGCUCUUCUGUUCCCAACAAUGUAUCUUCUCCUGGAACUUCUGGGACCACUACAGUUGCCACCAACCGGAUAGACCAAAGCUUCAUGUCACUCCUACCAGUGACAAACAUCAAAGCCAAAUCGAGGGGGAUCACCAGCAAGACAACUUCCCACACAAAGUGGCCAAAGACUGCUGACCGAUCACGGGGCUUUGGCAAUCCCAAUGCCAGCCCCUCCUCCCUCUUCACCAACAUCCAGGGCAAGUCCAAAUAUAUUGCCAAUCUUCCCCUCACACACAACAACUUCCCACCUGAUCGGACGGCACGGCAGCGACGAAGCAUUGGCCAACCAGAUGCUAAGGAGCCUGGCAUCGCAAGCACCAAGCAUGAGGGAACAGCUCCUGUACUCCAGUCUGUGUCACUUUUGGAGACGAACGUGAUCAUCUUACCGCAGGUCUGUGCUACAGGGGAUGAUUGCAGGACAGGGAAUAUCACUUACCGCAUUCCCAUCAGCAAGUUUACAUCAGUGAAUACAAAUCUUACUCUGGAAAUGAAUGCUUCUUCAGCUGUAUCUGGCUAUCUUUGUAAUCUCACAUCCAACAACCCAUGUCUGCGUACUGAUGAUGACCUCGACAGCUUGUCUAAUGGAACAGAUAUUCAGGGAGCAACAUACCGUUGGUCUGUGGUUAUGAUGCCGUUCCAGGAAUUUACCUACCACUUCCGAUUAGCUAGGCCUGGCCAAGCUAACUGCAGUACCCCUGCGGAGCAGAUGGGCUCUCUCUUUAAUGACUACUAUUUUCAGUUCUACUGGCUCUGUGAGUGAGUCUCAGGAGCACCUUUGAUAGAAGCAGAAAUGGGCCCCAAAGACUCAUUCAACUGAAUGUUCUCUUCAGAGAACACCAUGCCCUGACUAGUUGCUUCUAAUCUACAAGUCCUUGGUUUCCUUCCUAACAGAGGGAUAUUAACCUUAGAAUGCCAUACUUUGGGGAGGAAUGCUGCCACAAGCAAACAUGGAAAUAGGGAGGCAUUUGUUUUCUUGAUUUCCUCUAGGAUACUAGAAUUCCUCUCUCUUGUGACUACACUGGAUUUUAAAAUUUUAGACUUGACCAUGCUUGUGUUCAAUCUUUUUGGACACCUCGGAACUGAAAGAUAUGGCUUGGCUGGAAACAAAUCUUGGUGCCCAGAGAGUCAGUGAAGCAGCUUUCUAAGGCACAUUUCUUACCAAUGAUGUUAGAAGUCCUAUUCUAAAAUGGAAACACUGGAUCUGUCUGAAAAGGAAUUCUGUCUGGAUGCAUUGCAAGUCAUACACUGGAAUUUUCAACUUUCUAGCUGGCAGCCAGAUGCUUCUCUUUAAAGCUAUGCUUGGCAGAAAUCCUGGUGACACUGGAAUUCAGGGCUGAUAGGUUGUUUUCAGUAGCAAUAACCAAUGGAAAAGCUAUGGGGUUUACCUCACACUUCUUCCUGUGUCUAGUUUACUAUAGAUUUGUAUUCUGUAGUCAACAAACCUCAUGGACCCGGCAAAAGCCACUCUGCAAGUCUCACACGGGCCAUGUUUGCACCCAAAGUGCCUUCUUUUCAGGACUGGAUGAAGAUGCUUCUCAAGAAGUUAGGUCUCUUCUAUCAGAUGUACUUGAGAAAUUAGCCUCUGGGCUCUGCAACUGGACUCCACAAUGCUGGUAUCAUAAUAGCAUUGAUGAAACCUUUUAAAUCCCAUUAUCUGCAGCUGCCAAAAAUACAUUUGUCCCAAAGAGAAUAUGGAAGAACUCAUAGUAUUAACCCUUGUGCCAGAAGCCGAAGAAAGGAGGCCACCAGAAGGAAUGUACCCAGUGCUAAAAAUAUCCACACUGAUUUUUUUUUUUUAAAUCCCUAAAGGGUCUCUGCAAGGCAACAAACUAAACACUUUCCUUCACUCCAGGCUUUGAGUUUCCUUCAUAUUUCGGGUAAUUUACUGUUACAAGGUUUUACUUGCUAAACCGCUUAUCUUUUCUUUCACCAAAAAGAAGAAGAAGAAGAAGAAGAAGAAGAAGAAGAAGAAGAAGAAGAAGAAGAAGAAGAAGAAGAAGAAGAAG